AAUGCCGGCGCAAACUUCGGCCACACUAAUGCGUGGAAUUGUUUACCCUGGGACGGACGCAUGGCGAACCAUCUUGCAAAUUACGUGAUAAUUGUGCAUAAAAGCUGACUAAAAGCAGCGCCAUGGCCAGCGGCACCAACAGAGACAUAAAGACCCGCAUCAUGGCCGAACCGCCGCACAUACAGCGCCUGGAGGUGGCCCUCAAUAUGCGGCCCUUCAUGGAAAUGGCCAAGCGGGUGCUCAAGCAGCCGCUGAGCAGCAGCAACGAUGAAAGCGACACGGACGAACCGGGGCUCCCACAGCUGAAAGCAGAGCCCGAAUCCGAUUCCGAUGACUCCUCCACGGUGGGCGUGGUCAAGUGCAAGAAGGCGUCGCAGCGCUGCAAGAAGCGAUUGUUUUGCAGCAAAGAAGAACGACAGAGUGUCAAGGCGCAGCUGUACAACUUCAAUGACCUGACCAGCGACAGGGAGUGGCUGUACGAUCUCCUACUGAGUGACACGGAGAGCGAUGAGGCCGUCACUAAUGAGGACGAGUACAUCCAUCAGAUACUGCGCGAGCAUAUACGCGAGCAGCGUCAGCGCAAGAACUAUUACAAGAAGCCCACGAAUGCCCAAUAUGCCUACUACGGCAGCAGUCUGCUGUCCAACCAUGACAUCUAUGCCGAGCGGCAGCAGGCCACUGCGGGUGUGCGCAAGCGCAGGCGUCGCACCAAACAGGAGAUACUCAUGGCCCGCCUGGCAGAGGCCCAGGCCCCGAAGCUCCCGAAACCACAGAAGCGUCGCGGACGCAAGAAGCAAACGACCAUCAUGAACUCGCCAGAGUCCGGAGAGGUGCCGCCCUCAGAGCUGGGAAGGUACACCUAUGGCGACACGCUGCCCACCAACGACGAGGAGGACGACGACAAUGGCGUGGUCGACUACAAACGAGAGCUGGCCAGCCUCGCGCUCGACUUUCCCGAAGAGGAGGAGAUCGAGGAGGAGGUGGAUGUGGUGGGCGGGCCCGAUGGGCAGGUGACCAAAGUGCGACGCAAGCGGAAGAAUCCCGCCGCCUUGGCCGCGCGACGUCGCCGAAUCUGGCAGAUUAUGUCGAAGAAGGAGUGCGGUCGCUUGCAGCGCAUCACUAGCAACAACCACAAGGAGAUGCUGGCCAACUGCAAGCGUGUGGCCUCCAUGUGCUCCAAGGUGGUGCGCCAGCGGGCCAUCAAUUCGCAGCGGAUCAUGAAGGAGACUGUGUGGCGAGCCAAGCGCCUCACCCGCGAAAUGCUGGCCUACUGGAAGCGUUACGAGCGGGUGGAGCGCGACCAGAAACGAAAGCAGGAGCGCGAGGCAGAGGAGCAACGGAAGCAGGAUGUGGAGCUGAUCGAGGUGAAGCGACAGCAGCGAAAGCUCAACUUUUUGAUCACCCAAACGGAGCUGUAUGCGCACUUCAUGUCCAAGAAGCUGGGCCAGGGCACGGAGGAGGAUCAACUGAGGAUUCUCAGCCAGCUGGAUGAGGAGACCAAUGCACGAUUGGCCGUCCCAGAUGACUACGAUCCAGGGGAGAUGAAGCAGCUGGCCAAGGAGCACGCCGAGGCGGCCAUGCAGAGAGAUCUGGACAAGACGCGAGCCUUUGAUGUGUUCCCCAAGAAGCGGGGAGAGUGCGACGACGAGGAGGAGGCCAUGGAGGCCUUCGAUGUGUUCGCCAAAAAGGAAGAGGAGGAGGAGGACCUACAGCCAGAGGCGCGUGCCGAGAUGAAGGACCUGCCACAGCCGCAAAUGUUCAAGGGCACACUCAAGGGCUAUCAGAUCAAGGGCAUGACAUGGCUGGCAAACAUCUACGACCAGGGAAUCAGCGGCAUCCUGGCCGACGAGAUGGGUCUGGGCAAAACCGUCCAGUCCAUAGCCUUCCUCUGUCACAUUGCCGAGCAUUAUGGCGUGUGGGGUCCCUUUCUGAUCAUCUCGCCUGCCUCCACGCUGCACAACUGGCAGCAGGAGAUGUCCCGGUUUGUGCCGGACUUCAAUGUGGUCCCGUACUGGGGCUCGCCCAGCGAGCGGAAGAUCCUGCGCCAGUUCUGGGACCAGAAGCAACUGCACACGCGCGAUGCCAGCUUCCAUGUGGUGAUCACCUCCUACCAGCUGGUGGUCAGUGACUACAAGUACUUUAAUCGCAUCAAAUGGCAGUACAUGGUGCUGGACGAGGCGCAAGCCAUCAAGAGCGCCGCCUCGCAGCGCUGGAAGCUGCUGUUGGGCUUCAGCUGUCGCAAUCGGCUGCUGCUCAGCGGCACUCCGAUCCAGAACAGCAUGGCCGAGCUGUGGGCACUGCUGCACUUUAUUAUGCCGACGCUGUUCGACUCCCACGACGAGUUCAACGAGUGGUUCUCCAAGGACAUUGAAUCGCACGCCGAGAACAAGACGGGCAUCGACGAACUGCAGAUCUCUCGCCUCCACAUGAUCCUCAAGCCGUUCAUGCUGCGUCGCAUCAAGAAAGAUGUGGAGAACGAGCUGUCGGACAAGAUCGAGAUCAUGGUCUACUGCCCCCUGACCAUACGCCAAAAGCUGCUGUAUCGCGCCCUCAAGCAGAAGAUUCGGAUCGAGGAUCUGCUGCAUUUGACGAGUGGCUCGAGUGCCCCUUCAUCGGCGUCCUCCAAUCUGAUGAAUCUGGUGAUGCAGUUCCGCAAGGUGUGCAACCAUCCAGAGCUCUUUGAGCGUCGUGAUGCCAGGAGUCCGUUCUUCAUGCGCUGUGCGGAGUAUGUGGUGCCGCGCCUGGUCCACGAUGAGGCACUGCUCCACAGAGCUCUGCCCAGUCGUAGGCAUUUGCUGUACAAUCGGUUCAAUAUCUUCAAGUCGGAGCACAUCCAGAGAUCGCUAUUCGAGGAUGUGAGCGUCGAGAGCUGCUUUGGCUUCACGCGUUUCUGUGACCUCUCAUUGGGGGAUAUUCUAGACGUCACACUGCAUGGAUUGAUUGAUUUUUUUUUGCAUCAUCGUCGAGUGCUGGAGAAAUAUCCUUUACUGUCGUAUCGCCGCCAAUGGUGGCCACAUCUGAAAGCCACCUUCUAUCAGCUGCUGGAGCCCAUGCUGGAGAACAAACUGGUGCCGCAUUAUAUGCUAUCGGACAGUGUACUCAAGAAUUUCCUCUUUACAGCGAUGACCACCAAUGAGAGCAGUGUUUAUUCCUUUGGGGACUACUGCACCUACAACAUGCAGGAGACCAUUGAGCAUCGCGUGACACGCUCCAAAAUACUCAAACAAAAGACAUCCACACUGAUUGAGGAGCUGGUGGAUGUGGAAGUGGAGGAACAGGUGAAGCAGGAGCUCGAAAUAGAGUCGGUCGAAGUGCAAACCAAAUCGAAUGCCAAGAGCGAUGUUAAGGUCCAAACACUGAUGCUGUUGCCAGAGUUUCCGCAUCGUUUGAGGAAGCCCAGGAGCUAUCAUUGCGAGCCCCUGUCCAUGCCGCGACUGCUCUAUGGCUUGGGUCAACGCGUACAAGCAGUGGAUAGGCAUUUAUACUGCGAGAGUCGUGCUGCUGCCUGGACACAGAUACGUCAUGUUCAGUGCGAGAAUGCCGUAGGCAGAGAACUUGUCUCCUCUGGUCUGGCUCUGUGCAAGCCACGCAGUGGUUGGUCCGCGAUUGUGGUGCCCGACAAGGAGACUCUGAUCACCGAUGCGGGCAAGCUGUUUGUCCUGGACACACUACUCACACGCCUCAAGGCGGAGGGCCACCGAGUGCUCAUCUAUUCACAGAUGACCAAAAUGAUAGACUUGCUAGAGGAGUACAUGUGGCAUCGCAAGCAUCGUUAUAUGCGCUUGGAUGGCUCCAGCAAGAUCUCAGCGAGACGCGAUAUGGUGGCAGACUUUCAGACGCGUGCGGACAUCUUUGUGUUUCUGCUCUCGACGCGUGCAGGAGGAUUGGGCAUUAAUUUAACAGCAGCAGAUACGGUCAUCUUCUAUGAUUCGGACUGGAAUCCCACUGUCGAUCAACAGGCCAUGGAUCGGGCCCAUCGUUUGGGCCAAACCAAACAGGUGACUGUCUACCGACUGAUCUGCAAGGGCACCAUCGAGGAGCGGAUUCUGCAGCGGGCCAGAGAAAAGAGUGAGAUCCAACGAAUGGUCAUAAGUGGCGGCAAUUUUAAGCCAGACACUCUCAAGCCCAAGGAAGUGGUCUCAUUGCUAUUGGAUGAUGAGGAAAUUGAAUUGAAAUACAAUCAGGAGGCUAAGCUGCAGGAGCCUUCAAGCACAGCCACAUCUUCACCGAUUCCUGUGACAGCAGUCGCAGCAGCAGCAGGCCAAAACGAUCGCAAGAAACGACAUCCCAAUAAGGAGGCUAAUAUGGGUGGCACAACCAUACCGGCAACCGUAAACCUCAGAGAUUUUGACCCCGACGAUGUUCCCAGCUGCAGUUCGGCAGCCAAAAGACAGAAGUUGGAUCCAGAGGAUGACUACAUUGAUGUGGGCAUUGCCUCGUCCGCUUCCAGUGUGGGCACCGAUAGCAUCAACUUCAGCCAGGAGACCUAUGUGCCAGGUGCCACACGAGUGGAGGAUAACAAUGAUUCCGAUAAUGAGGCUCUGGUGGUGGAUGGAGAGAGUCCCACAAUGAUGUUGAUGGGACAAAAUGAAUCAAUGAACUUCCUCAGCGACAUGAGCGGUGUUUCGCCGAUGCGACGGCGACACCACCCGCGCGGCACCAAGCGCGGUCGGCCACGUGGCAGCACGAGACGCGGCGGCGGACAUGGGUCGCUGCAGCGCGUGCUGACGCCAACGCAUUCGCCGGGGCAGGGGCAGCAGGCCGCCGCAGCAGGAGGAGGAUCAGCAGGGGAAGCGGGCUCUGGAACGUCUUCGCCCCUGCCACAGCUACAGCAGGAAGGAAGCGGUGGUGGCGAGUAUGCCCCCGUGCCGCUCAAUGAAGAAGAUCUCCCCAUACACCAGCAGAACCCUACGAUGCAAGCAGUAUCCCCCACUGGAGCCGUCAAGCGCGGACCAGGACGACCCCGAUCCAAGACAGCGGCACCCAUCAGUCGAGGGACACGCGGCGCCCCACGCGCCCGCCGGCCGAUGGGUCCUUUGCUGGUGCCACUGGGCCGCAGUCCAGAGGCCCUGCCACCAGGUCAAGUCCCAGCCGAGACUGCCACACAAGCCACGGCCAAGCCGCCUGGAAAUAUUGGAUGAGUGAAUAAAUAAAAGAACAAUCGAUGGAAAUUCCGAAAUAAAAAUAAAUACUGUUUAAUAUC